AAAAAGUUGAAGAUGCGUCAGUCCCCCACACUUAGUUUCUCUUGCAUUUGUUAUUUGACAAUGGCAUGUUAGGGAAAAAGCAAAAGACGAAAGCCAAAUUCUCUCUCACGAGUUAUCAAUAUGGAUUUGAAGGAUGAAAAGAUGACAGUAUUUGAAAGCAAUAAUGACCUCCUUGAAGCUCAGGCUCACAUAUGGAACCACAUCUUCGACUUUAUAAACUCCAUGUCUCUCAAAUGUGCCAUUCAACUUGGAAUUCCAGAUGCCAUCCAUCGCCAUGGCCCCAACCCUAUGCCCCUUUCUCUUCUUGUUUCAUCCCUCAAACUUCAUCCUAAUAAAACCCAAUUCAUAUACCGCUUGAUGCGUUUAUUGACAUACUCCGGCUUCUUUGCUCUACAAGAAGAAGGAUAUAUGUUGACCAAUUCAUCUCGUCUUCUUCUUAAAGACAACCCUUUGACUCUCACUCCAUUCUUGCUUUCCAUGCUUGAUCCGCUCAUCAUAGAGCCAUGGCAGUUGUUCUCGGCUUGCUUCCUAAAUGACGAUAAGACCUUAUUUGAUACAGCUCAUGGAAUGUCGUUUUGGGAGUAUGUAGGUGGAAGGCCAAAAGAUAAUGAUGUUUUUAAUGCAGGCAUGGCGAGUGAUGCAAAGUUGGUGAUGAGUGUUUUGUUAGGUAAAUAUAAAGGUGUUUUUGAAGGACUUGGCUCACUAGUUGAUGUGGGAGGUGGCACUGGAACUAUGGCCAAAGCCAUUGCUGAGGCUUUUCCUCAAACGGUAUGCAUUGUGUUAGAUCUUCCUCAAGUAGUGGCUAACAUGAAAGAUAACGAAAACUUGAAAUAUGUUGGAGGGGACAUGUUUGAAGCCAUUCCUCCUGCUGAUGCACUUCUAUUAAAGUCUACUUCAACCACAUACCAGAAACAAAAUCAAAAUAUUAAAAAAAAAAAAAAAAAAAAAGAAAGAAGGAAGAAGAGUUUUCACAUAGCAAAUUGUGGUUGCACAAUUGUGUACGUAGACUACAAAAAAUUUGAUGCACUCAUAUCUUUAACAUUAUUAUAUGAUAGGUUAUUAUAAUCAAUAUUUUGGUGAAUUUUAUACUAUACCUAUCUUUAUGUAAAAUUGUUACAAUCAUAGAGUAGAGAAAACUAAAAAAUUAUAUUUAAGGUAAAAAGGAGAAAGGAGUUUUUCUCCAAAAAAAAUCAGUGGUUAGACACUAGGUGAGCUGCAAAAGGAUGAAUUCAACUCGAGAUGCAUCUAAAUAUUUUUCGAUCAAUUAUAUAUUUAUUUAUUUGGCUUGAGUGUUGUUAAAGUAUUUAUGUGAUUAAAUUUUGUGCAAACCUAUUAGCUUAAGCUUUUUAGCUAGUAGGUUUUAGGUUAUUAAUUGAUGAUUUAAUAUAGUAUUAAAUUAGUGGAUCCCAUGUUUGAACCUCUAUUUUUUUUCCUUUUCUUCUUCCUUUUGAUAUAUGAUCCUUUAAAUGAUAAAUGUACUUUUUAAAUUCAACCUCUAUGUUUAAAUGUAGUUACAUAAUUUUCUAGAGAGAACUACAAUUUCCUUGGUUGAAUGGGCUCUCAGUGGAUAAGUAUUUGUCACUGUGGAUAAGUAUUAUGUCAAAUUUGAAGAAUGGGCUCUCAGUCUGCAUUCUACUCCUAAUCUCAUCCCAAGUUAUGGAGGCUAGACAAUUUUUAGGGAUAUCCCUUUGCAUGCUUGGAAUUUACACACUUUCACCUAGAUUAGAGAUGCGUGUGGUGGUUUCUUAGAAGUAUCAAAGGAUACUUGGAGAAAAGUUGAUAUUAUGGAAACUCGUAUCAAGAUCAAAAGAAACUUCAUAGGCUUCAUCCCAACGGCUAUAGCCAUCUCCGAUAACAAAGGUAAUCGUUUUAUUGUGCAUCCAAUUACUCAAGUGUCUGGGAAGUGGUUAGUUAGACAUGAUUCAAACAUACAUGGAUCCUACAUGAAGGAGGUGGUCGUGAGUUUCAAUGAAUUUGACACAAACAAUGAACAGUACAAUAGUUGUGACAACAUUGCUUACCCUCCCCAACUGAAUGAACAGUGUUUGGUUACAAAUAAUUCAAUUACAACCAAAUGCAAACUAGAUAUUAUGUUGGAACCCAAGGUAAUCUGAAGUACUAAUAGUGAAAAAAAUAUUUUUAAAUCAGCUGAACAGUCGAAAGGAAAAGAGAAGAUGAAUGAAAUAGACAAGGGGAAGAAAAUUUGUGAUGAUGAAUCUAACACUAGUCACUUCGGUUUAAAUGUUAAGAGAAAGGUCAUUUUCCCCAAGAAACAAAACUUAAUAUUAUAACCCAUCUUAUGCUCCUGCCAUGUCAAUUUGAAUUGCCAGCCCACCAAGUCCAAAAAGAAAGAUUGAAAAGAAAAAUGACAGACGAAUCUAUCGUGUGAAAAGCCCAACAAAAAAUUAGCCCAAUUGUUUGCUAAAUCAGUGCAACUACCUAGAAAAAAUUUAAGUUAAUGGGAAUAAUGUCCCUGGGCCCGACCAACCAGAUUUUGAACGUUUUGUGGAGUUAGGUUACAUCUACCUGGAAUCAGAUGCAAAAGUCUCUAGCCCAAAUCAAUUAUAACCAGAGCAUAGACCCCUUAUCCUACUCAAUCUGAGUUUAUGAAAGGCAACAUGGAAGUGAUUAUGAAAGAUAUAAAGAAGAGGAAUAUCCAAAAGUACUAGGAAGCUUCUUCAAAAAUGACUUCAAAAGAAUGGCUUCACUCAAAUAACUUAUGAGUUAUCUCAACAGAUGCAAUAGCAAGUCCGAAUAAUUUUCAGACGGGUAAUUUAGAUGAUUUCUUUGUAGGCCAAAAGGCCAAAGGGAACAUCACCUCCCCAUGAAAAUUAUCACUUGGAAUGUUAGAGGGUUACGCUCUCCCUAAAAAAGAGCCUUAAUAAAAUGCACUAUUUCUAGCUCCUGUCCAAAA